GCCAAAGGAAAGUGGGGAAAAUAUUGCUUGUUUACGCUUUUGCGGUAAGGAUGUCAGCAAAAACUGAAGAUCUGAAUUUCUCAACCAUGUGUCGUGCGUGUAUGACCAACGGUAGCGAAUCGCAUACUCUAACGUCGCUAGCUUCCAGCCUGGAGGAUGAUGUAUCGAUUGCAAGCGUAAUUGACGAAUUAACUGCCGUUCAGAUACAGGAACACGACGGACUACCGGAACUUAUUUGUGCCAGCUGUGUGGAAGAGCUUAAACGUUUUGUCGAGUUUAUCAAAAUGGUUCGGCAAACUGACCGUUUAUUGAGGCAAAUUUUUAAAAGUAACAUAAUUGAAGUUAAAGUAGAAGACGAGGAUUCAGCACCAAAUUCCCGGCACAAACUGGAAAUGUUACAGGUUGAAGCUGUAGUAGAAGAAGAGUAUCUUGAGAAUGAUUUGAAUUGGACAGAGGAUCGGGUUGACGAUGAACUGGAAACGUCACCUGAUAACUGCUCGGAGCAGGAGUUUAUCGGUUUCGAUGAUAUUGAAGAACAAGCAGAGUCUCCGCUCGGACAGAAUGAAGUUGAACGAUCUGUAAAGAUUGAUUUGAACGAAGAUGUAAGUGAAGAACUAGACGAAGUGGAGCAGAAAACUUUCAAAAUCCUUGCCAGAAAUGAAGGAGAUUUUCUUUGCUGUUUUUGCUUUCAAAUAUUUUCCACUGAAGAAAAGCUGAUAAUACACUGUGAGAGACAUAAGACCAGCGUCAACCUGACAAAAUCUAAUGUUUGUCAAGUUUGCUUUCGAAGGUACAAGACACCGCACGGACUAGAACUACAUAGAAGGCAUAGCGGUGCAACAAAAAUAUUUGAAUGUGUUCGAUGUCUUACUCGUUUCGUUGAUGCCAAGCGGCGACGUCAGCACGCCCAUAAUCACCCCCGGAAGGAAGUUCUGCAGUCUUCUGUUUUCACUCCGAUCGUGUUACUGCCGGACUACCGAAAAGGUCGAAUAUGCUGCGCCCAAGCGUGUGGUCUGUCGUUUCCAACCGACGAACUGUUGAUAGCGCAUGCUCACGAGGCUCAUCGGAUGAACAAAUAUGAAGCGUCACUGCCCGAGAAAAGAAAGAAACCGUUGGAGUGUCUGAUUUGUUUUAAACGUUUCGACAACAGAAAUGCCCUCCGGCUGCAUCAGGUGCGGAAAUACAAAAAAUCACCCCAACAGUGCUCUAUUUGCGGCUGUGGAGUACGAGGUGGUGCGGCACUGGCAGCUCACGAACGAAAUCAUAGGAACGAAAAACCAUUCCAAUGUGAACUGUGUCCGAAGCGUUUCACGAGUGCUGCCCUGCUCAAGGCUCACUCGAUUGUCCACUCGAAUGACAGGCAGUUCGUUUGUUCUGUUUGUGGAAUGGCGUUCCAGCGGAAAGUAAAUCUGCAGAAUCACGAAUUGAUACACUUGGGCCAGUUGCCAUACCCCUGUGAGCUCUGCAAAAAAUCCUUUCGAGUCAAGUAUAGGUUGGAACAGCACAAGCGGAGCCAUACGGGGGUUAGACCAUAUCCGUGCAGAUAUUGUGACAAAUCGUUUGCUGAUCAUAGUAACCGACAGCGACAUGAGAUGAGUCAUACGGGUAUUAAACCGUACAAAUGUUCAAACUGUGAAAAAACCUUCAUCACAAAGCGUUUGCGGUCAGAGCAUGAGGCUACACACCGAUGUAGGAAAGGAUAAAUUCGUUUUUGUAGCUUGGUUCCAAUCGGUAUCUACAUUUUUUUUCAAAUUACCUAGCAAACAACAUUAAACAAUGAAUUAAAUCGCGAAAUCCAUAUUUUCGCUCGAAAGAA